CUGGGGGCUAACUAGCCAUGAUGCUUUCAGAAAGCCGCCAGCCUGAGCGGGGAGGAAAGCAAGCGCCGACCUGCUUUUGCCCUUCGGUAUAGCAGGAGCUCUGCACCGGCCCUGGUCUUUCCUCCUCCCCGGGCUUCAGGCCGCGCGCGCCGCAAAAGGCUCAGCAAAGGCGCACCAAAAUGGGGAGAGUUUGAGGAAGAUCAGAGGGGUUCGCAAAGAGCCAUCAGAGUUGAUGGGAUCUGACGGUUACAAUGGAGGCAACAUCAAACACAACCACAGAAAACUCUGAUCUUGUGAAGGGAGCUCAUCUAGAGACAGAUGAUUGGUUGGCUUCUCUGGGAACUAUCAGCAAUGCUGAAGAUGAAGCUACUGCGAGGGAGAACAUUCACACUGACACUGAAAAAGAACCAGUAAUGAAAGAUCCACUUGUGCUGAUAACAGAUUGGGAUCCACAGGCUUUACCUAGCCAGGAGGAAGAAUCCUUGAGACGCUCUCGGUAUAGGUUAGGAGGCUCUGCUGAUAGCAUAUUAUCUUUAACUUCUUCCCAUCCUCUCCUACCUCUUGAAUGGAAAAUUUUGAGAUCUAGUCAGUCAGAGAGCACACUGGCACAUUUUUCUGAUGCCACUCUAGAAAACACAGGAGGAGAACAUAAAGAUUCAUUCAACAAUAACCAAGAUGUUGUGGAUGAUAUAAUCGGAGAUGAAGUUGCUUUCAAAGUAUGUACUCGCAUGCUCAACCGUAAUUUAGGUGCUUACACUGCAGAUUCCAGGACAGCCUUUCCCGUAAUACACAAUGGAUCACCCAGCCCUAAAGAUGCAAACUACUCAAAGAAAACUUCAGAUAGUUCACAGUGCAAACAUAUACUGCACCCAAGAACAGAAAAGUUUCCAGAUGUUGGAAUGCAAGUUAAUCAAGCACACAACUCAGCAGCUGAUAAAAAAGAUUCAAGUUUGACUGACCAGCUUUGGACAGCUGUUGCAUCAGCAAAGAACUUACAUAAUAUCGCCGUGUCAAAUGGUUGGGAAGGCAAUUCUUAUCAUCACAAGGUACAACAUUUUUCUUUUUCUUUAUCAAUAAAGAAAGCAAGGUCUCCUGCAAUGUCAGAGUUUCUGCUGAAAUCUCCAGAUGAGAACAAACAGGAAUUUCAUCAACCCAUGAAGAAUGUGCAGGCUAAACGUCAAGUACUGUUGAAUGGACAGAGUCCACACGCAGAUGAUGGAAAACUUUAUGGGAAGGAGAUGGAAUUUCUUAAUGAAGAGCUGUCAUCUUGUAGCCUGCCAAAAUUUGAAUGCAACUCUACCGGAAUUCUACAGCAACAGAUUGUAAACCUUAAAAGCCAGAUCAGCGAUCUUCAAGAAGCCAAUGAGACUGCGGUCUUAGAGCUAGCAAAGGCAGACGAGGAGAUUUCACAACUGAAGAAUGAAAUGGCUCAAUUAAAAUCUGAGUAUAUGCAGAAGUUAGCAGACUCUAAGGAAGAAAAUCUUAAUCUGAAGAAAAAGAUCAAUAGGAUGCACAGCAGACAUGAUCCAGUAGACACUUAUGAGCAGACCUUGCAUGAAGAGAUUUGUGAGCUAAGAGCUGAGUCCAGGAGACUGAGGGAAAUCGGCCACCAGCUGAAUGAGGAAAACCACAGGCUGAAAGAAGAGCUAUGGGAUGUAAAGAGGAAAUAUGAAUGGCUCAUGCAUACAGUUGCUGGCAAACAGGAUGAAAAGAUACAAGAAUGUUGUAAGAAAAAUGCUUCUUCCCCAUCAUCCAUAAAUAGUGAAUCUACAGAAUUUCUGAUUUCUGGAUACUGUGACACAGAGCUAGCAAAAGAAAACAGAGACUUAAAAGAUGAUGCAUCUGAAGAGGUCACAAGGGCGAGCAGCAGCAACUUUCCUUGCAUUGCUCAACACAAUCAAACAACAAGUCAUGAGAACUAUGAUCAAAACAUCUCAAGUUCAUCUUCAAGUGGUGUCUCUCAAGUGGACACUUGCAAUAAAUAUUGUCCAAACAGGAUUCGUCUAGAUAAGGCAGCACUAUCAAGACGACCAUUUGCACCCAGGAGUGUUACGGACUUGAAAGUUGGAAACCUAGUGAAAUUUUCAUGCCCAGCAGGAAAAAUCAGCAAGGGAACUGUUAAGUAUUUGGGACCACUAUUGGGGAGAGAAGAGGACUACCUUGGAAUAGAGCUGGAAGGGGAACAAAUAGGGAGGCAUGAUGGAACUUUUCAAGGAACACGCUACUUUCUUUGUGCACCUAACAAAGGAGUUUUCGUUAACUUCAGCAAAAUCAUUAUUGCCUGGGAAUAACGAUUCCACUACAUUCUGAACAAUGAACGCAUGGAUUUUAAAGCCUUCCAAUAUAUUGUGCUUCUGCUGCAAAGAAGAAACAAAGUGUUUAGAACUCUGUUCAUCGGUGUAUUUUCUUCCAUUUUUAUCAAGUUGUAUUUGAGCAUUUUCUAGUAUUGUAUUUUUUGUAAAAUAAAAUUAGUUGUACUAUUACU